GGUGAAGGGACGCUCUUGUAUUACAAGAGCCGUGGAGAAGGAUACGCACCGGACGGAAUACACAUAUUUCAUCGAUUAAGAAUGAUCCCAAGAGAAAGCCUAAGAGCAUAGAGAUCAAACAAAAUGUUCCUCACCACACAGAGCUGGGACACCGACAGCAACAACACUUCUUCAACCAUGGCACAACGAUGUUCUGAUUUCUUGAAGAGGAAGAAAAGGAUACUUAUUUGUCUCAUUGUCUUGGGUCUUUGUACCAUGUAUAUUACACAUAACUACACAACUGGCUAUGUUUCGUCUUCUUCGAACCUACCCAUAGUACUAGGCGAUAGUGUCUAUCAUAAACCAAGAAGGAAAUGUCCCAAUGUCCUAUCGUCAAUGUUGAAGGGUACCUGGAAAAAGAGGAAACUGACCUAUCUAGAAGAAACGGAAAUGGAACUGUUCCUUUUAAAGACUCGUGGUGGACACAACAUACCGAUGACGCUUGAUCGCCUGGAUGGACGAUGUGGAAACGUGACGUUUGAUUCGUUGGCAUCAUAUAAGCUCCACCCUUUACUUUGGUUCCGUGCGCUGUGUAACCCAAGGGGAGAUAAGCCAUGUUGUUUUAAUGGCAUGUGUGUCAGAGCAACUGAAGAGCAGUGUCGCUGCCCUGACUGUUAUGACAUGCGACAACAGAUUCAUGCAGAGUAUGCUACAUGGACACCUGCUAACCCAGACUGCCAACCAAAGCAAUACACACAGGCAGAAGCGUGUAGUCUUCUCAAGGGGAGUUUACUCUAUAUCACUGGAGACUCAUUUAUACGUCACAUCUAUACGGCUCUUAUAUUAUUGCUGAGAAAUGAUUAUCAACACGGGGCAAUACUUCCGACAGCAUCAGAGGUUUUGAAGAAAGAAUGCCAGGGAAUGUACAUGUUCACAGAAAAGAUGUGUAGACAAUGGUUGGACAGACGGGUGACAGUCUGCGAUGGAACAGUUAACGUGGUCUUCAACGAACAAAUAGCAUCAGCAUACGGCGCUUCCUUACCACGACUUACGCACAGCUUAGCAAACACCAGUAAAUCCCUUCUAGUCAUUGGCAUAGGGAUACAUGAAAAUUAUAAUCCAAGACCCAUAAUGUUUUCAUAUUUACAUCCCUUGUUAGACUAUCUUUUCAAAUCCAGACAAGCAUGGCCCAGAGUGUUAUGGGCGGGGCCUCAUGCUCCAGGAAUUCUGAAAACUCCAAGGAUACCCCAGCAGAAUUACCAAAGUGUUCUGAAGUAUAACUCAGUUAUCAACGACUAUCUGACGUCGUUGACUGUUCCUGUGUUUGAUACGUUCAAUCUGACGGAUGGUGUGAUGAGUUUUGAUGGUGCCCACUAUGGUCUCGGGGUAAACAAAGUCAAGGUGCAAAUUCUAUUGAACUACAUUCAAGAGCUUUCAGAUCAAGGGAUGUGGUAAAAAGAAGCAGCCGAACCACUUUUCUGCAAUACCUUGAUGAGAUUAUGUUGCCUUAUGUUUCACUGCAUGACUAAACUAUCGCAAAAGAAACCUAGUUGUGCCAACAUUGAAGUUACCAGCUAAUAACCCAUAUGAAUAUAUUAGUAUCUUAUACAAGUAUUGAUUGGAACAAAACUGCUGAUACUGCACUGUUGAAGCAAGAAGUGGUACUUCCAGUCAGGAACAUACCCAUAGGGCAGGGCCCCGUUCACAAACUUAUCGUUGCGCUACGCCCAUCUUCGCCUGUGUUAAAUUAUGAAAGUCGUAGCGCUACGAUCGCUUUGUGAAACUGGACCCUAUUACUUUUUCUGCUCGUUCAACAACAUUUUUGUCAGCCACCAGUGGUGGUAUCUCAACAGAUAUAUGAUCAAUAUAGAUACUAUAUUUGACACAUUCAGGUACGCAAAUAAUAUAAGUCAAUAUAAUAAUUGAAUGGGGCCCAUUAAUAGUUUGUCUACGUGAAAUACAUUUACAGUUUCUCUUUAUAAAUUCGGUUGGCGAAUAUCAUUAUUUAUUGUUAUUUUGAUAAACACACCUGGUCAUUUCAUAAAUUCUUCAUAUUUAGGGAAAGCAAUGAAUUCGUUUUUGGGUGCGAAACAACUCUUUAAAGCUUGUUUACGGAAUGUAUUUAGAUACAAGAUCAAUGUUCAACUGUGGCCUCUCAAUAAAGGUUUAUAUUUGUUGGUUUUUAUGUUUACAGUGCCAACAGUUGGUAUCGAGAAUAUGAAUAAAUGGCUUAUGUCUUCCUUUGAA